AAGAAACGUCAGCGUAGACAGUUCAGCAGUAUAUAAACCCACCGCACUUGUUCCUCCUGUGUCGGUCCAUUGGCUUGAGUCAUGAAGUACUUCAUUGUUCUUGCGCUGUGUGCUGCAGCUUUUGCUGCUCCCAUUGAUGAUGAGGAUGACAAGAUUGUUGGAGGGUAUGAGUGCAGAAAGAACUCUGUGCCCUACCAAGUGUCUCUGAACGCCGGCUACCACUUCUGCGGAGGUUCCCUGAUCUCCAGCACCUGGGUGGUGUCUGCUGCUCACUGCUACAAGUCCCGCAUCCAGGUGCGUCUUGGUGAGCACAACAUCGCGGUCAACGAGGGCACUGAGCAGUUCAUCAACUCCGCUAAGGUCAUCAGACAUCCCAGAUACAACAGCCGCAACCUGGACAACGACAUCAUGCUCAUCAAGCUGAGCAAGCCCGCCACUCUCAACAGCUACGUGCGUACCGUGUCCCUGCCCUCCAGCUGUGCCGGAUCAGGCACCCGCUGCCUGAUCUCUGGAUGGGGCAACACCAGCAGCUCUGGAAACUACUACCCUGAUCGUCUGAGGUGCCUGGAUGCCCCCAUCCUGAGUGACAGCAGCUGCAGGAGCUCCUACCCUGGACAGAUCACCUCCAACAUGUUCUGUGCUGGAUUCCUGGAGGGAGGAAAGGACUCCUGCCAGGGAGACUCUGGUGGCCCCGUGGUGUGUAACGGCCAGCUGCAGGGUGUGGUGUCCUGGGGUUACGGCUGUGCCCAGAGGAACAAGCCCGGUGUCUACGCCAAAGUCUGCAAUUACAACUCCUGGAUUCGCAGCACCAUGUCUUCCAACUAAAGGGAUGGAGAUCUAACAUCAGCCCAUGUGUGACACUGAAAUCAUGACAGUAUUGCAUAAAGUUGAGUUUAUGUAAUAAAGAUUUCAUACAUUA